CUUCCCCAUCGUUCCCAUCAUUCCCCGAAAGGGCUCUUGACCCGGAAGGACAUCGCCGGCUCCACUUCCGGAAUACUGAUUUCCUCACCUUGGGAGCGGUGAGCGUGUGGCCGCCGGGUCUCGCAUACACGAGCUGCAGGCUUCCCCCAUGGCGGCCGAGAUGUCUUUGCGUUCACCCGCGGUGCGACAUUUGGCCACGAUCUUUGUCAACCGCAUUCCCUGGACGGCGGCCGCUAAUGAGAUCAAAGAACACUUCAGUCAAUUUGGCACUGUGAAAAGAUGUUUCCUACCAUUUGAAAAAGAAACAGGCUUUCAUAAAGGUUUUUGUUGGGUUGGAUUUUCUUCAGAAGAAGAACUUCAAAGGGCAUUACAUCAAGAAAGUCAUGUCAUUGAUGGAGUCAAAGUCUAUGUUCACCGCCAAAAACACAGACCUCAAGAUAUGAGGGAGCAGAACAACGAUCUGAAUUAGUAUAAAUGUAUUGAUAAAUUAUGAAAUAAAAACAUUAUGCUACGGAAAA